AUGAACAUCAAACAUCAAUUUACAUCGGUGGAACAUCCACAAGCAAAUGGACAAGCCGAGGUAGCAAACAAAGUCAUAUUGGCAGGGUUGAAGAAAAUGUUACAGGACACAAAGGGAGCCUGGGCCGAGGAACUCCCACAAGUACUUUGGGCUUAUCGGACCACACCUCAAUCUGCCACAGGAGAAACACCCUUCCGACUUGCUUACGGCAUAGAAGCCAUGAUACUGGUUGAAAUCAACGAGCAAAGUCCAAGGGUAAACUUCUACAACGAGGUUGGAAACAUAAAGGGACACAAAGAAGAACUUGAACUACUCCCUGAAGUCCGCGAAGGAGCCCAUAUUAGAGAAGCAGCAUUGAAACAAAGGAUGACAAACAGAUACAACCAAAAAUUUAUUCAAAGGAGCUUCGCCCCAGACGACUUGGUCUUAAUAAGAAACGACAUAGGAGUCAACAAGUCUGGGGAAGGAAAGCUCGCCGCUAAUUGA